AUGUCAGACGUGGCCAUGGACACCAGCUCCGAGAUCACCACCAAGGACUUAAAGGAGAAGAAGGAAGUUGUGGAGGAGGCAGAGAAUGGAAGAGACGCACCUGCUAGUGGGAACACUAAUGAGGAAAAUGGGGAGCAGGAGGCUGACAAUGAGGUAGAUGAAGAAGAGGAAGAAGGAGGAGAGGAGGAGGAGGAAGAGGAGGAAGGUGAUGGUGAGGAAGAGGAUGGAGAUGAAGAUGAGGAGGCUGUGGCAGCUACGGGCAAACGGGCAGCUGAAGAUGAUGAGGAUGACAAUGUUGACACCAAGAAGUAG